AUGACUCCAACGAGACGUAAAUCGUCGUUCAUCUACGCUAUUAUUCCCAAGUCUGUAGCAAAAGCCAAAAACAAAGACAUGGCGCGACGCAGGUCUGCCAGGCUAGCGGAAAUGAAGAGCAGAACUCAAGAUACGAAGAAGCCCCCAGUGGAUGAGGGAGAGUGCGCUGCACAGUCCAAAGGCAAGAAUUGUGAAAACGAAAUUUCAGAAGUGACAGGAGAAAAGAAAGAAGACCAGAAGGCAGAGGAAGCCAGCGCGCGGAAAGAGAGGCUGAAAGCUGAGAAACGGUACCUUUCAAUUCUCAAGCAGCCGGUGAGGGUGGAACGUUCGCAAAAGACGUGGAGAAUGGUUGAAGAGGAGGACGCUGCAAAACAAGGACGAGAGCUAUGGGAAAAGGUGUUGUUCGAGUGCAGAAGGAGGAGAGAAGCAGAGAGAAAAGUAGAAGCCGAAACGAGCAGGCGCCUAGCACUGGAUCCAUCCGAGUUGGACGGAACCGGCGACGAGACAGGAGAUCGCACACAAACAGAUCAAGGAGGUGGAACCGAAAGCAGUCAACCCACCCUACAUUUUAGAUUUCUUGAUCUUCCACUCGAUAUCCGCUGCAUGAUCUAUGAACUGGUGUGCCACAGGCCGAUCGGCUACAAACGAUUCUCGCAGGAAACCCUGCGAAGUCGAAAUUUCUCGAACAAUACCAAAGCCCUUCGACAGAGAGAAGAUAAGGCCAGAAUCACAAUUCUUCGAGACAUCUAUACCUCUGGAAUGAUAAGGUCCCCAAGAGUCUUCGUUCUCGCGGUUUGGGGGAUCCGUCUCUUCUGCGGCCACACGACUGCGAGCGUAAUCGCUGCCAGAAUGGGACAGGCUUGCACAAUCCAGGUUGGAUUUUUGUAG